UCUUCACUAACUCGCAGCAGGUGCUGUGCUUUCUGCGCUAGCUCGUCCAGUUUCCAUCAGUUCCAGACCCGACCAGUACCCAGCUGGUUCGUGGAGAGGGGCGGAGAGGACUAUGAUGAACCCAGAGAACCCUCCACCAUAUCCAGGCCCAGGCCCAACAGCCCCAUACCUACCUUAUCCACAACCAGAAACUGGGCCUAUGGGGGGGCCCUACCCACCUCCUCAGGGGUACCCCUACCAAGGAGACCCACAGUACGGCUGGCAAGGCGGACCUGGAGAGCCUCCUGAGACCACCGUGUAUGUGGGAGAAGACCAGAGAAGAGAUGACCUGGGCCCAUCUACCUGCCUCACGGCCUGCUGGACUGCUCUCUAUUGCUGCUGCCGUUGUGCCAUGCUCACCUGAUCAGCCCAGUCCUCC